AACCCAUCUAAGAAAGUGGGUUUGGGUCGAACCCGAAUGAUCUUCAGAUUAGAAUACAUUCAUCAAGUCAGUAGUAUUAAGCAGGGCUUCUUCUCAAGGCAUGAAUGCCACCGCCGAGGUUCGCGCCACACCGCCGGUGCAACUUCCUCUCCUCCGGUCUCAGGCUGCUGGAAACUGUUACGCUGCCUCCGCAUUGACUGAGAAUUUCGCGAUAGAGUGCCGGAAUCUCAGCUACUCUGUUAAAACUCGGCAAGGAAGAAUUCUACCUAUUCUCAACGAUUGCUCUCUCAGCAUCCCCGCUGGACAGUUCUGGAUGCUCCUCGGCCCAAAUGGAUGCGGGAAAUCUACGCUUCUAAAAAUUUUCGGUGGUUUACUGAAUCCAACUGGUGGAUCUUUGCAUGUAAAGAAGCCGCGGAGUUUUGUGUUUCAGAAUCCUGAUCAUCAGGUAGUUAUGCCCACUGUGGAGGCAGAUGUGGCAUUUGGCCUUGGCAAGUUCAAUAUAACCAAUGAUGAAAUUACGUCAAGAGUGGCUAAAGCUUUGGAUGCUGUUGGCAUGUAUGAAUAUUUGCAAAGACCAGUUCAAACUCUUAGUGGUGGUCAGAAACAAAGGGUUGCUAUAGCUGGUGCUCUGGCAGAAGCAUGCGAAGUAUUUUUACUAGAUGAACUCACAUCAUUCUUGGAUGAAAAUGAUCAGGUUGGGAUGGUGCCGUCUAUAUGGAAGAUGGGAGGGUUGUUUUACAAGCUGAUCCUUCAACCAUAUUGA